GUUGAUCACUUCGCUGGGCCUCAGCCAUCCUCAAGUGGACCAGGCAAAUCUUUGUAGUUGCAGUUAAGUGUACAUAGUCCUGGAGGACUUCCCGGACGCUUUCAAACGGUUACGGUUCUUCCCAUUUCGCUCAAGUAAGCUCGCUUUGCCACCGAACAACAAAGAUGUCGGACGCUGCUGCUGGUCGCCAGCCGAACCGGGUCCAGGUCAGCUCCAACAAGAAGCCACUGCAGUUCUAUCUCAACCUCUCUAAGCGUCUGCUAAAUGAGUAUGGCGAGGUGGAGCUGUCAGCGCUUGGACUCGCCGUAAGCAACAUGGUGACGGUUGCUGAGAUCCUGAAGAAAGACGGCUGGGCGGUUGAGAAGAGCAUCCGCACGGGUCUUGAGCUGCUGGAGCACUCGGCCGCCGUUGAAGAAGACGGCGAGGGCGGCGCGGCGCCGGCUGCCGGGGGCCGCAGCGUGAGCAAGCCCAAGAUGGAGGUGGUGCUGGCCAAGUCUGCGGACUUUGACCGCCUGUUUGCGGAGCACCCUCCGCCGCCGCGUGGUCCCAAGGCUGCCGCCGCGGAUGGCGAGGGCGAGGAGGUCGAGGCCGAGUAAGGGGGCGUUCACCUGCAGAGUGAUCGGAGGAGCUGGCUGCUUGGGGCCGGGGGCGUCGGCGCAGCGUACGGGCAUGGAGAGGACAUCACCUGUGCGUCCCAUCCUGGCACAGACGGGUCUUGUGCGCUGGCAGAUGCUGCUGCGGGUCUGGGGGAAGAAUAGGCGCAGGGUGCGCGUGAUGCACGGAAGGGAGUUGGGGCACGUGCAUGUUGGCUGGCCGACUACGGAUCCAUGAGCUCGAACGCCAUUUAAGCGUAGUACCAGUUGUUAUAUGGUAAUUAUCCGCUCUUGUAAUAAGUUGCUUUG